AUGGUGCUUGCAGGCAUCAAGAAAACCACCGGUCUCAGUUUAUCCGUGGAGGACCUGGCAGAGGGGCCAAGUUCCAGGUCGCUGCUAUCCCGCUACCUGUCUGUUGGCGAAGGGUGUUUUGAUUAUGCAGUUUCCUGGUGCAGGAGCUCGCGCUUAUUUAGGCCAAAGAAUAUCGAAAAUUUUGAUGAUUUGAAAGAUGCGCUGAGACAAGGUGUGAACAACAUGAUUGACGAAGGAAAACGAUAG